GUGACCUUGUGCCCAAAGUGUCUUGUCAACGUACAUGCCCACUGCAGGGUUUGUGUGAAGACAACACCAAUGCCCCCAGGCAUCCAGGGAAGCAUGAGCUACUCUGAGAUGCCCAUUAGCCUGCAAGGUCAUAGCAGGUACUCUACUUUGAAGAUCACUUACACCAUUCCUGAUGGCAUCCAAGGGGACAGGCACCCUUCACCUGGGUCUCCGUUUCAAGGAGGAGUGUUUGAGGCCUUCAUUCCUUACUGUGAGAUGACAAAGAGGCUGCUGCCCAGGCUGAAGAAGGCUUUCAAGCAAAGGCUCACCUUUACUGUGACUGAGAAAGAGGAUGCGGCUGUGGUCACCUGGGACUGCAUCCCACACAAAACCAGUCUGCAAGGAGGUAAAUCCAGCAAUGGUUACCCAGACUCCAGCUAUUUGACUCGCUUGUCUGAAGUUUUGACCUCGCAUGGAAUUGAAGGGUGAUCCAUCACUAGAUUUAAACUACUACUUUCCGCUGCUCCCAUUAGGGGUCUCCACAGUGGCUCAUCCAUUUCCAUCUCUUCCUGUCCUCUGCAUCUUCCUCUGUCACACUAGCCACCUGCAGGUCCUCCCUCACUACAUGCAUACGUUUCCUCUUUAGCCUUCCUCUUUUCCUCUCCCCUGGCAGCUCCAUAUUCAGCAUCCUUCUCCCAAGAGACCCAGCAUCUCUCCUCCACACAUGUCCAAGCCGUCUCAAUCUUGCCUCUCUUGCUUUGUCUCCAAACCAUCCAAGCUGAACUGUCCCUCUAAAAUAAUUGUCCCUAAUCCUGUCCUUCUCCGUCACUGCUAAUGAAAUUCUUAGCAUCUUCAACUCUGCCACUUCCAGCUCUGCCUCCUGUCUUUUCAUCAGUGCCACCGUCUCCAAACCAUACAACGUAGCUGGUCUCACAACCAUCUUGUAAACCUUCCCUUUAACUCUUGCUGGUACCCUUCUGUCGCAAAUCGCUCCUGAUGCUCUUCUCCACCCACUCCACCCUGUCUGCACUCUCCAUCACUAGAUUUAAAGGGGAGAAAAAUAAGGGCAAGAUUUUUAUUAAAGUAACGUUUUUUGUAAUUUCUGUGUAUGUAUCGAAACAUGAUUUGCAUGGUUUGUGGACAGUUGGAUGGUCAGGGUUUCUAAAUGUAUCCGUGGGGUCAUGACAAUUACAUGUUUUGUAUGUCAAAACUAAAAAUUUAUAUUUCUAAAACAUUUGUCAGAAAACAGGGUGUAUCCGUUUCACUCAGCCAACUUUUGUUGAUUCUUGUAUUACCACUGCACCAGCUGUUAAUUCUUUUUUUAAAAUAUAUUUCAUUCUGAAACAUCUGUCCCGUAAACUGACUCAUACUUUUUGACACUUUUUAAC